AUGGAAAGCAAAGAAUAUGACCCACGUGCAACAGCUCUUCUCAUUGAGCAUCUUGGCUUUGCACCUAUAAAAAUUGUUGACGAAGUUAUCAAUGCAGUCAAUCAGAUAAUGGUACAAGGGAUCGAAGCUCUUGAAAACUACUUAACCAAUAACCAUGCUCAAGGCCAACUACCUGAAAAUAUAACUCCCGAUGAAAUUCUUUCGGGUACUGCUAAAUUAGAAUCGCUACUACAAUUUAGAAUUGAUAACGCAUUUGAUAAGUAUGAAUUAUAUUGUCUUUCAAACAUUUUACAUAUUCCGUCUGAUUUGGUUCAUGAUGGAUGGUUUAGGCUAAAGAGUCACGAGGGUAUUGACUUUACUAAAAUUGAAGCCAACCCAGAAGCCAAACUGGAAUACGAUGAUGAGAUAUUACGAAUGAGUGAUUUAAUUCAACAAGAGUUGUAUAAGCGACAGUAUUAUAAACUCCAACUAGUCACAUUUGAUAAGAUUAAGCAGUAUCUUGAGCUCGUUCUGGAUAAGUUUGGGCAACUUUAUCAAUUGGGUGGUGGUGAUGAUUUACAAAAGGGACACUUACCAGCAAAGGAAAUAUUAGAGCGAUUGAGUCCUAUUGAUAACACGGUGGAACAGAUAGCCAUGCAAUUGAAAGAAGUGAUAAACCAGGUUGAAAUCGCCAAGAGCAGGCUAAGUAGUGUUGAUUUGAAGAAUGUGAAAUUUGAUUACGGUGAUGAAUAUAUUGAAAAGAGGAAAACUCGUAUUUUGAAAGAUUUGAAUUUGGAUAUUGUUCCAACAGAAGCUUCACAUGUGGAGAAUGGAACUGGGACAAAAGACAAAAAUGAGGAAACGUUGGAUGUUGAGAUGUUAAACAGUAUUGCCAAUGCAGAUGUUGUACAUCUGGCAAUAAGAGUAGCUGAAACUGUGACGAACGAUCUGCAAAGAAAAUAA